CAUUGUGUGGGUAGUAGGCCUGCAUUCUCGCCCGACCUACCCUGCCAUUGCCUGAAGAGGCUGUCGCCCACUCGCAUUCACCCACGCCUGGCACCUCGCUUCCGCCUCUCGCUUCCGCUUUGGCGCGCCUUCCGUUUUCACCCUCUAGGUACUUUGGUCUUCCGUUUUCACCCUCUAGGUCUUCCUACACUUCCGCCUUUCGCUACUGCAGCAGACGACUACCCACCAAUUCCACCUUCCUGGCGUGAAUAAAUCUCGCCACCACCGCGACAUCAAUUCGUUUCGCUCCUUGUCGCUCACCCCCAGAAUUCUCCCCACAACCCUCACAUUCUCUCCUCGUCGCCCUUUCUUCUGAUACGUCCUAUCCGAGACAAAAUGGACCCGGGCAUCGACGUUGAGACCUUGUUGAAGGAGGUCGAGGAACCAGUUUCGAACCUGUCGCUGCUUUCCGAGAACCAACAAAAGCGAGCCACGCAGAAACGUGCAGCCAGUGAAAAGCAGCAGGAGGAGGGAAUUCGUGCUGAAAUCGCCCUGCUGCCCCCGACACUCACCCCCGCGGUCCCCACACAGUCGCAGAAGCGAAAUAAAUGCAGAAGGCGUCAGAAGAAGAGACAACGUGCAGCACUCGAGGCUGGCUUACCACUUCCCGAGCGAGGACAAACCUUUACUCAGAAGUGCCGUGAGUCGGAAAAGCAGCAGCAAGCCCGCAUGCGUGAUGCUACUGCCGCGCAGGGGGCAGAAGGGGAGGCACAGCCCAAAGAUGAGUUCUUGGAAACCGAAACCGGCAUGCAGCAGGAGCUUCGCAACCAGAUGACCGCCAAGCUACAGGUCAGCAACGAUACAAUAAUAAAGCAAGAACAGGUCGAGCAUUUCGAGGACGAGCCCACGGCGAACAUACUCGGGAAGCCCGAGCCGACCAACCAAAAUCCAGACGACCGGCUCACGAUACUUCAAAACCCAGCUGACCGCCACACCAGCAGCCAUACUUCGCCCAAGAAACGCCGGAAGCCAAGCCGAGAGAAGGCACGGCGUGGAAGAGCAGCGCAGAGACACCGCAAGGCAUGGAACAAGAAGAUGACGGUAAGCAAUAAUUACUUAUCUGCGAUAUUGCCUUUUCGGUGUCAUCUUGUUCACUUUCCUGAUGACUUUUUUCUUUCAGUACUUGACCCUUGCCCUUGAGCUAUUGACCAUCUCGGCCCACGACACUUGUUCUUUAGCACACGGAUUGGCCGAGCACCUCCAAGUCGCCUUGCCACAGCGCCAACCGGAGAUUAGCGAGCCACAAGGCCAAGAAGAGCUAGUCUAGUUUGCUCACCAUCCAUCUCCAUAUUCAUCUCGUAGGCGCGUCACAAGAUUCCGCCUCAAAGUCUCUCGACACAAUUCGUUCACUCGGGCAGGCAUGUUUUCAAGAGAACGGCGAGCUCGGCAAGGUCAUUUCUUUCGCGACUUCCGAGUUCGCUUCUCACCAGCAUCUCAAAAGCUGGUGUAGAGCCUACAGAGCCGGUGGUUCGGAGCAGCAGCUUGUGCGCCAGGCAUGUCUAUAUGGUCGCCUCUACGAUUCUAAGAAUGACAUGCAGUAUCUCGACCAAAGAUGCUCGACUUCGCUUCGGCAACGCAUAUUCAGAGCAGUUUUUGAUAUUUCCUUUCCUCUUCCAGUCCCCUUUUUU